AUGGCCAGCUCCUGCUGCUCCCCUUGCUGCCAGCCUUCCUGCUGCAGCACUGUCUGCUGUAAGCCAGAAUGUGUGACCAGCUGCUGCUGUCCACCCUGCUGCAGGCCCAGCUGCUGUGAAACCACCUGCUGCAAGACCACCUGUUGUAAGCCCACCUGUGUGACUAGCUGCUGCUGUCCACCCUGCUGCCAGCCCAGCUGCUGUGAAACCACCUGCUGCAAGACCACCAGCUGUAAGCCCACCUGUGUGACCAGCUGCUGCCAGCCCAGCUGCUGUGAAACCACCUGCUGCAAGACCACCUGUUGUAAGCCCACCUGUGUGACUAGCUGCUGCUGUCCACCCUGCUGCCAGCCCAGCUGCUGUGAAACCACCUGCUGCAAGACCACCUGUUGUAAGCCAACCUGUGUAACCAGCUGCUGCUGUCCACCCUGCUGCCAGCCCAGCUGCUGUGAAACCACCUGCUGCAAGACCACCUGUUGUAAGCCAACCUGUGUAACCAGUUGCUGCUGUCCACCCUGUUGCCAGCCCAGCUGCUGUGAAACCACCUGCUGCAAGACCACCUGUUGUAAGCCAACCUGUGUGACUAGCUGCCUCUGUCCACCCUGCUGCCAGCCCAGCUGCUGUGAAACCACCUGCUGCAAGCCUACCUGUUGUAAGCCAACCUGUGUGACCAGCUGCUGCCAGCCCUGCUGCCAGCCCAGCUGCUGUGAAACCACCUGCUGCAAAACCACCUGUUGUAAGCCAAGUUGUCCAACCUGUGUGACCAGCUGCUGCCAGCCCUGCUGCCAACCCAGCUGCUGUGAAACCACCUGCUGCAAAACCACCUGUUGUAAGCCAAGUUGUGUGACCAGCUGCUGUUGUGCACCCUGCUGCCAGCCCAGCUGCUGUAAAACCACCUGCUGCAAGACCACCUGCUGUAAGCCCAGCUGUGUGACCAGCUGCUGUUGUACACCCUGCUGCCAGCCCAGCUGCUGUAAAACCACCUGCUGCAAGACCACCUGUUCUGUUGUGAAAUCUGCUACUGCACACCCUGCUGCUGUGAGCCCUGCUGCUGCCAGCCUUGCUGCUGCGAGCCCUGCUGCUACCAGCCUUGCUGCUGCGAGCCCUGCUGCUGCCAGCCUUGCUGCUGUGAGCCCUGCUGCUGUGAGCCCUGCUGCUGUGAGCCUUGCUGCUGUCCAACCUGCUGCUGCCCAGCCUGCUGUGAAAACACCUGCUGCUAGAUCACCUGAUGUAAACCAACUCAUGUGA